AUGGCAGAUGAAAAUUACGUUUCGGGGUAUCCCCCCCCUCCAUACUACUUUAAAGAAUAUCAAAGUAUGGAUAUUAAAAAAAUUAUGGAAAUGAAUAAUUUUAAAUCUACUGAUGAAGAAUCCUUUUUGGAGCACAUGAGAAAGACCUAUGAGACUAUAUAUGAUCUUAAUAGAAAUAAAUAUAUAAAAGAUAUUAGAAGUUUAAGUAAUAUAAAAAAUUGUGAAUUUAUAAUGGGUAGACCCCCACCAUUACCAUUAAGAGAUAGCUAUAAUGUGUUUGGUAUGGAAUAUAAAGUAGAAAGAAAUAUUGAAGAAUUAGAUUCUGAUGAAAUAUUAUAUGAUGAAAAAAAAAACUUAAAAGAAGAAUUUAUUAGAAUAUAUAAAAUAUAUAAAGAAACCUUUUUUCUUUUAUUUGAUGAUAUUGUUAACAAUAGAAAAGAUGAUAAAUCGAAAAUAAAACAACUAACCAAAAUACAUGUUAAUUUAUUCCAUAUAUUAGCAAAAUUAAGACACUAUCAAACAAUUAAUAAUAUUGUUAAUGUUCUUAAAAUACAACUUAAAAAAAGACAAAUAGCUAUUGAUAAAAUGAAAAUAAGUCUCCUCAAUGUAUAUCAAUAUAUUAAUUUUGUACAAACCAAUUGUGUAAAUAAAAAUAUGAUUACAAAUGAAGAGAAUGAGGAACAAAAAAAAUAA